AUUAGCUUUAUUAACUAUAAGUACUGAUACCCUGCUCGUCUUCUUCCGUCGUUCUUCGAGCAUCCUCUCGACAGAUUUUGAUCCUUACUGAGCAGUAAUGUUCUCAAUUCGUUGACUGUGUUAGGAGAAUCAAUUGCAUCAUCUAAGCAGGAAUUAAGAUAAGUGUCUAUACAUACAUUGGGGAAUAGUUUUUGCAUCGGUGAAUUAGGGCUGUUUGGCCGUCACAAUAUGUUGGGGACGGAAUUGCAGUUGAAAAACACAAGUGGACAAGGCGAUGAUCGGUUUUACAGCUCGGCAAGGAUACGUUUGAUUCAAGAGUAUUUACGUGGAGUUCAGAGUGACGUCACCUUGAACCAUUCACAGAGCUGCUCUGAUGAGUCUACGCUGAAGAAGUCGAAGCUGGAAGUUUUAUCUUUUUCACCAGUUUCGAAACCCUCGCCUUCGUGUAAUCUGGAGAGGUUCUUGCUGUCAGUCACGCCUUUGGUAGCAGCGCAAUAUUUCCCCAAGAUGAAAGCGAAGAUUUGGAAGACAGGAUUGGAGUUUCAGCCAUUCUUUGUGUUAAGUGAUUUGUGGGACUCUUUUAAGGAAUGGAGUGCAUAUGGAGUUGGAGUACCUUUGAUAUUGAAUGAACAUGAUUGUGCAGUUCAGUUUUAUGUUCCAUAUCUAUCAGGCAUUCAAUUAUAUUCGGAUCUGUCAACGAGUACAUCAAAAUUAAGGCAACAUGGUGAAGAAAGUGACAGUGAAUACUUGAGAGAUUCGUCUAACGAUGGAAGCAGCGACAGCGAACGAGAAGGCUUUUCUAGUGAUGAAGGUGAAUCCAGAAGUUCAUCAGGUUGUUUGUUUGAAUAUCUUGAACGGGACCAACCGUAUUGCAGGGAACCUCUGGCAAACAAGAUAUACAACCUUGCUGUCAGCUUCCCCAAACUAAAAACACUCCGGAGUUGUGAUCUACUCCCAUCCAGCUGGCUUUCCGUUGCCUGGUACCCGAUUUAUAGAAUACCAACAGGUCCAGCUCGAAGAGAUCUCGACGCCUGCUUCUUAACCUAUCAUUCUCUCCACACACCCCUGACAACUGGCGAAGCUACGCAUACAGAGGGCGACGGUUUCCCACAGCUUUCUCUUCCAGUGUUCGGCUUAGCAUCAUAUAAAUUUAAGGAAAAAUUGUGGAUUUCAAACGGCGACCAUCACCGUCAGCUGGCAAGAUCUCUCUUCCAAGCUGCGGAUAAUUGGCUAAAUGUUGUCCAAGUUCAUCACCCGGAUUUCUCCUUCUUCUGCCGCAAGUAAAAAAGAGCUUUGAUCCACACAAAGCUGAUUCUUCAGCACAAUGCCUUGAGCUUCCGGUUCAAUCCCUCGGCGCACAUCUGCCCCAUCUUGCCGUAGGAGGCUGCCAUGUGUGUAGCUGCUCGACAAACAUCUUCUCCAGCACGACCUUGUCGCCGGCCUAACUUCAGCCUGGUUCAGCAACUUUUCUUGCUACAGGCUCAUUGCCUGCAAUAAUGUCUUAAGCCUAUACUUCAAAGUGAAUAUCAUAAUUAAAUGGCAAUAUUGUUCAUAAUCCACUUGUGAUUUUAAAAUUCGAUACUAUACUAUAUGACUUAGAAAUUACACACAAGGUCCCUAGUGUUUUAGAAACUAUUCUACAGAAUUCCCUAAAUACAUAA